UAUUAAUAAGGAGAUGGCCCAUCUGAUGGGCAGAGUUGAAGCUCAUAAAAUCCAUAACUCCGUAAUUUCUGGAGGAGGUGUGGAGCGCCAGCAGUCUGCUCCACUGACGCUCUUCCUUCCUUUCCCACCCAGAUAGAGCCAAGCUUUACCUUUAGCCCAGCGCUGCCGUUACUCUCAAGGCUCUGGAGAACAACUCUCACCGCGACAUCGUUGGACUUUUUGGACAAACUUAACUCUCUGUAACCGGACUUUGGAAAAGCGAAGUUAUGCGCCAAAAAGCGCGUCACUAGUCGUGGCGCUGCGUCGCCGUUCUGGAUGCUGUCACCACGUUGAUUCACACUCAGUCUGGAUUAUCACUGUUUUUCUUUUUUUCUUUCUUUCUUUUUUUUUUUUUUUUUUUUUAAGAAUCAAAGUGGAUUAUGGGGUUCAUGAGGAUGUUGUGGCUGACUUUACUGUGCUUUGUGGAGUUGACAGAUGCUGUCCUUGACCUGACCAUGACCGCUACAGCAGAGGUCACGGGCAUCUCUCACUUCUCCAUGUCCUGUAUCAACGGAGAGCGCAGCCAGGUGCACGGUGCACUGGACAUCCACAAGGCCAAUCACAUCAUCCAGGUCCCCCACAAGACGUUCAUCGUGGUGAGGCCGAGGCACAAGGAGGUGGUGGCCCGGGACUUUAAGGAGUGGGAGAAUAUCGGGAUCUUCUACUGUGAAUCCGCGCAUGAGGGAAAGCUACCGGAGAAAGUGACCAUGAUCAACAACUCCAACGGUGCCAGCUUUCUUCCCGCUCAACUCACCUUGACAAUAAACAAAGGAGAAACAGCCAACAUAAGCAUGCAGCUGCUCAGUACACAGAAGAGAGAUGUAACGUGGAAAUACAAUGGAAAUUACUACUACAUGACUCACUCAAACGAGGUGAUCAAUAGCACUGCUGUCCUCAAUGUGGAAAAUGCCACUUUUGCCAACCAGGGCAUCUACAGUGCCAGCUUUGUGGGGGACAGUCCAGUGAAUGGAGCUUGGAUGAGGCUCAUUGUCAGAGACUGCCCCAAAGACAAGUGGGGGUCGUACUGUGACCGGCAGUGCCCCGAGUGUCUGAACGGUGGAGUGUGUCACGAUGCCGAUGGAGACUGCAUCUGCCCUCCAGGCUUCAUGGGGAUGCAUUGUGAAAUAGCCUGCAGAGAAGGAAUGUUUGGUCAGAACUGCCAAGAGUCCUGCGGAUCCGACCACAACUGUAAAGGGCUGCGCUUCUGCCUUCCUGAUCCGUACGGCUGCUCCUGUGCUAGUGGAUGGUUUGGGAAACACUGUGAGCAGGCCUGUCACAGUGAUAUGUAUGGCCCCGACUGUAAGCUGCACUGCAGGUGUCAGAAUGGAGGAGUCUGUCAUCGCUUUGGUGGAUGCCAGUGUCCGUUAGGCUGGAGGGGUGAGCACUGUGACAAAUCUGAUCGAGUUCCACAAAUCUUGGACUUAAAUACUAAUUUAGAGUGGAAUCUGAACUCCAGCCCAAAGGUAAAGUGCACGGCCACAGGGAACCCUCUGCCCAUCCACGACAGCUUUGAGCUCCGCAAACUAGACAGCAUACAGAUCAAGGCUAAUCACACCAUUCAGGACUCAAAGAAGAGCAUAGCCAUGUUCGAGAUCCCCCGUGUGAAAGCGGACCAGGCCGGACAAUGGGAGUGCAGAGUGUCCACUAAAGGAGGACAUGACUCACGCAAGUUCAAUCUCACUAUCAAAGAGCCCCCAGUGGCCAUAACAGCUCCCAAACUGCUGAAGAGGUGGAGUAAGCAGCUGCUGGUGAUGCCUGUAGACUCGUACAGAGGAGAUGGCCCCAUUGUGUCUAUUAGACUUCUGUACAAACCUGUGGAGAACGGAGACUCCUGGUCCUCAAUUAUAGUGUAUAGUGACAAAGAGCCGAUCAACCUGAUGAACCUGAAGCCCACCACGCCGUACCGUGUGCGUGUGCAGCUGAGUCGGCCUGGAGAGGGAGGGGAGGGGGCUCUGGGUCCGGAGGCCAUCAUGGAGACCGACUGUCCUGAGCCCACAGUGCAGCCUGAGAUUGACACCAGCGUAGUGGAGGGUCGUAACGUCACUGUGCACUGGCGUCUCCCUGGCAACACUGGCAUCACCGCGGCGAUGGCUAGUGGUUUCUUAGUGCAGCUGUUUGGCCCUCCGCCCGACAGCGUCAAACUUCAGGAGGAGACCACUCUGUUAAAUGUGCUCUCCACCAAGUUCUACAACCUGCGCUACCAGCAGGACUACAGCGUGGUGGUCCGCCUCAUUAACUGCAGCAGUCAGGGACCCCCCUCCAAGCCGUACCACUUCAGACUCUUCAGCCAGGGCCCAUCAUCUCCACAAAAUGUCCAAGCCCAGCCCCUGUCUGUGUCAGCUGUUCAGGUGAAAUGGCAGCCCCCUGAGGACCCCAACGGAGGCAUCAUCAAGUAUGUGAUUGAGUAUCAGCCAGUGGGCCAGGGCAGCCCGCACCCAUGGGUGGACACAGACGAUGGAAACAAGACCACCAAAGAUGUGACUGCACUGAACGGCAGCACACUGUACCAGUUCAGAGUCAGAGCCUUCUCCAAAGUCCCAGGAGAGUGGAGCAAGUUUGUCCAAGCUAAGACUCAAGGAGAGGGCCUGGACAUUCUGAUCCCAACCACCCAGGGCGUGAGCACAGGGAAGCCUCUGGGUGAUAAGUACCAGCUCCUGAUGGCCAUCGUGGGCUCAGUUACUGUGACCUUUGUGACCAUUCUCCUGGUGCUGCUGGCUCUGUUUUUCAUUCGCAAAACUCUGCUCAACCGACGACGCACUUUCACCUACCAAUCUGGAUCAGGCGAAGAAACUAUUCUGCAAUUUAACUCUGGAACUCUGACCCUUACUCGAAGACCAAAGCCCACCCCAGAGCCCCUCACCUACCCCAUCCUGGAGUGGGAAGAUAUUAAGUUUGAAGACGUCAUAGGAGAGGGAAACUUUGGACAGGUCAUCAAAGCAAUGAUCAAGAAAGACGGCAACAAGAUGAGUGCUGCCAUAAAGAUGCUAAAAGAGUACGCCACGGAGAAUGACCACAGAGACUUUGCCGGUGAGCUGGAGGUGCUCUGUAAACUGGGGCAACAUCCCAACAUCAUUAACCUGAUCGGAGCCUGUGAGAACAGAGGCUACCUGUACAUCGCCAUUGAAUACGCCCCCUACGGAAACCUGCUGGAUUUCCUGAGGAAGAGCAGAGUGCUGGAGACUGACCCUGCCUUUGCAAAGGAACAUGGGACUGCCUCCACCCUCACCUCUCAACAGCUGCUGCAGUUCGCUGUAGAUGUGGCCAAUGGGAUGCACUAUCUGAGUGACAAACAGUUCAUACACAGAGAUUUGGCUGCCAGAAAUGUGCUUGUGGGGGAUAACCUUGUAGCGAAGAUAGCAGACUUUGGCUUAUCCCGAGGAGAGGAAGUUUAUGUCAAGAAAACAAUGGGUCGCCUUCCUGUGCGCUGGAUGGCCAUUGAGUCUCUAAACUACAGCGUGUACACGACCAAGAGUGAUGUAUGGUCAUUCGGUGUUCUUCUUUGGGAAAUAGUGAGUCUAGGUGGCACGCCAUAUUGUGGUAUGACAUGUGCUGAACUCUAUGAGAAACUACCACAAGGAUACAGGAUGGAGCAACCCAAAAACUGUGACGAUGAAGUUUAUGAGCUGAUGAGACAGUGCUGGAGGGACAGGCCUUAUGAGAGACCACCCUUCUCUCAGAUCUCAGUGCAGCUCAGCAGGAUGCAAGAGGCCAGGAAGGCUUACGUCAACAUGGCUCUGUUUGAGAACUUCACCUAUGCUGGGAUCGACGCCACCGCUGAAGAGGCCUGACUACCAGCCCCCCCAGACUCUAGGACGCCCCGUAGCCCCACCAGGAGGAGCCGAGGCUGGGCACCGCGCUACUGCCACCCACCUCUCCAUCAAGGCAGGAGAGGCAGGCGCUCCACCCGGACUCGAAGCAGCCAGCAUUAGGACUAGAACUGUGAUAGGACACUGUACAAUGACAUGAGGACAUUUUGGGGUUGGUCUUGGAUGCUAGUUGGAAAUUUGCUGGUACAAGUGUGAAUGCUACAGAAGAGCUAUGGGAUGGAGCUAUGUGACACCAAAGAGUCUGAGGGGAGGAUGUUAGCAAAGACAUUUUUAUAACAACAAAAACUGUGAAUCGCGUCGAUCAAGUUCAACACACAUUGUAGCACUUAACAGUUUUACUAUCAUUGUUUGUUAGACUGUACUUUUGCAUACCACUGCCAUAUGAAUGUACUGUAUGUAAACUACUACUACUAUAUGUAUUUGUAUGUUUUAGACCAGUUAUAUGCCUCAUAUUAUUUUGUACUAUUUCAUAGAAGGGUCAAUACUAAUUUUGCUGAACUGAACUUUUACACUUUAAAGGUGUACUAUGUAACGUUUCUGGUGUAGGGUCUCCCACUCACUUGUCUCUCCAUGCAAAUGUUAUUGCUUUGCCUAAAAUGUCCCAUAGUAAGAUGAAACUCAUCGAUCUUCAUGGAGACAAGCAAGCGUCAUCACAGAGUCAAGUUAAGAUAAAAUCUGUGGUUAAGUUACUGGUAUUGACGCAGCUAAGUCGUCAUAGUGUUGUAUAAAGGAAAUACCCACAGUGGAAGAUAACAUUGUUGAACUGAGAGUCUCCUGCAGCUCAUGAAUUUACAUAUUGCAGUUGCACUUUACAACACAGUAAUAUCAAGGUAAUAGGAUGAAGACAGCAUGUUAACUUGGAAUUAAGCCAGGACUAAACCAAACCAAGUCUAUGUCAAGACUUAAAUGGCCUCAAACCAAAAGCCAAACCAGAAUAUGUGUAAAUGUGCCUGGAAAAGUGCAGUGUCAAGUAGGACACGUCUGUCAUUCAACGUAAUGUUAUGGCAACGUGAUUAAUCCCAACUAUAAUACAGUGUGCAGACUGCAAACUACUAGGAAACAUGGUUAGUAUUUUCUAUAGGCUAUAAUAUGUUCUGCUAUAGUCCUGGUUAAGUCCUGGUCUAGUCUAGGUUAAGUACUGGGUUUAGUCCUAGUUUAGUCCCAAUUAUGAUAUGCUUGUGCAAGUGUGAACGCACCCUCGGUUACUGUGGUGUGAAGUAAAGUUGGAUUCAAAUUUCUUAUGAAUAGUUGCAUUAUGCUGUAACUGUAGUUUUGUGGGGGGGUUUUUUUAUCAUAUAAUUGCAGUUAUCUUUCACUGUUGCUAAGAAUGGUGAGCAUUGCUUGUCAGUUCACUUUAACCUACGCUAUGAUAUGAAAUUGAGUUCUCUAAUCAUUAAGAUGAACUGACUGUCCUCUGUAAAUGUAAUUACUGUAAUACUUGUCUAUUAGCACCAUAUGGUGAAGUCACGUAAAUGUUCAUGCAUUGUUGCAACUUUUUUUUACAUAAACUGUCCGUUAUGGCAUUGUACCACAACUACUUGUAAUCGAAGUGUUCUCAUAUUUAUAUCAAUGUUUGCUGCACAUAUUGAAAAACAAAAGCUUUAAAGUCCAUGUGGCAGAACAUUAGACUAUUCAAUUCACUUUUUUACAUUUUGGUGAAGUUUAUAAUUUGACUUUCUGGUUGGACAUGGGCAGCAGACAUGAAUAUGCAGAAGUUUUGGCCUUUGUUUACAUUAUGGUUCUGGAAUUAACUGUUACCUAGAGUAGAAAAGUAGAUAUUAACGCCUUAUUAUGGUGUUACUGAUUAUGAUUAUGAUUAUGAUUGUGGUCUUAAUGAUUUUUUAAUCUGUCUGAAAAAUUACUUCCUUGUAAAGUGUGGAUGGAGUUUUCGAUAGUGUUGUCACAAUACUAAAAUUUCAAACGCAAUUUCGAUGCUAAGGAAUAGACUCAAUACGCAACACCGAUUUCAAAAUCACAGUUAUAAUUUAAAAACUUUUUAUUUAGACAAUAGAAAAUUAUUUAUAUAUAUUAUAUUGUACCAUGUAGCCUUAUAUCUUUGUAAUCCCUCAAUCGUCCAGGUAGGUUCGAUAGUGGUCCAUGAGUGUAUAUUAAUCUAUGUGCUCUUAUACUUCAUUCUGAUACAGCUCAACAUCAUACAAAAGUUAUUCAGGAAAAGUAAAUUUCUGUCCUGUGAAAGCGACAUUUUUAGUAUUGAUACCUGCUCAAAUGAGUAUCUAGUUUCAAUAUACUAGUUUUAGUAUCGAUCCUGUUUUCAAUAGUUUUGCCAACCGUAGUUUUCGGUGUUAAUGGCAUAAAUAAAUCAAUUUUAAAACUCCACUACUUUUCUUUUCAACUAUCCCUCAGACCAAGUAAUAGUAAAAAAACAAAACAAAACAAAAAAAACUGAAAACCCAUCAUAUGCAAGUUAACUACUGUUGAAGUUUAGUGUUUUUGUCUUGAAAAGGUGGAAAUGACAAACCUAACC